AUGAAGAAGGCUGACAGCCAGUCCAGCCGUCAAGAACCAGGCCGUAAAUCCUUCUUUUCAAUAGUUGAGCCUGAUACACAUACGAUUCCACAACUUGGUCCGCCAGUUCCCGACAAGAAAUCAUUUUAUGCCCAUGCUACGACUGCCACUCUCAAUGAUCGUAUGGACAAUUCAUCACGCCACAUUCCGGGCACAGUGCCCAAUGAACCUGACCGUCACAAAAAACGGGCAGCAGAGAACCCAUCAGGCUGCAUGUUCAGUGACUCUUCUCUUACAUCUACUGUCAUCCUCGCCUGCAUCAAUCAUCCGAACAUAGCAUGA